AUGGAAUCAUACGUUAUCUUGGAGCAGUACCAUCCCUCGGGCUACGACAGCCCCUCAUUUUACUGCUCAAAAAAAAUCCACCUAAACUGUGCAGGCAGAAUAUCCCACACCUCGUUAGAUAAGCACCUGAAAUUUUACCCCUACGAUGAAGUCAUUUUUCACCAAAACGACAAAUGCAGCACAUGUCAGAUGUUAAAACCUGCGCGGAGCAAACAUUGCAAAUAUUGCUUGUCGUGCAUAUCGCGCUACGACCACCACUGCUUUCUGUUAAACAAUUGCAUCGGCGGAUAUAACAGCAGUUAUUACCUUGCUUUCAUUUGCGCAAAUGCCACAAUUGCCUUUCACUCCUUCUACAUAACUUUUCGCUGCCUUUAUAACAUCAUCAAAUAUGAAAACCUUCUGAAAGCCACGUUUAUACACAAGGGGAGCAACGAGGAGAUCCCGAAUUCCUGCUACCUAUUUUCCAAAUGCAGCCCCACCUUCUCCCUGUUUGUGGUAUCCCUGCUCAGCGCCUCCCUUUUAGCGCUCCUCUUUUCGCGUGAAAUUUAUUUCAACUUCUGCGUGAACAUCACGAGCAAUGAGAAGACAAAGUACGUCAGUUUGAAGGGCGGCACUCCCGUGAACAGGCAGUUUUACAACAAAGGGUUCAUAAAGAACGUACAGGAUGUGUUGUUUUACAAAAAAAACGUGGAGGAGUUCUUUAAAAAAAAUUCAUAA